AUGCCAGCAAGUCGAAUUGUUUUCAUCACCGGUGCGAACACCGGUCUUGGUUUACAAACCGUCAAAUCUCUAUGUAGAUCCAGCAGACCCUACACCAUCCUACUGGGUGGUAGGAACAUUCAGAAGGCUAUUGCUGCUGUUGAAGAAACGACACAAGAAUAUUCGGAGAGCCAAAGCACGGUCGAGCCGAUUCAAAUCGAUGUUGAGAGUGAUGCCUCGAUCGAACAAGCUUUCGAAACUGUUAGAGAUAACCCUGUUCUUGUUAUUGCUGUUCUUGUGGUCGGCAGACCGUUCGACUCACGCUUUGCAGGUGCAUCCUUCGACCAGUCAGCUGGGGACGGAAAUAUGACGCUCCGCCAGCUUUGGAACAAAACCUGGGAUGUGAACGUAGCAGGAACAUUCGUCAACACGUACACCUUUGUGCCACUCCUCCUCAAGUCAUCCGAACCUCGCUUGAUAUUCAUCACCAGCGGGACCUCAGUAUUAGCAGAGCAUGGAAGCCAAGUCUUACCAAUCAAUAGACCUCCAGCAGCAGGUUGGCCGAAGCCAACUUUAUCGAUUCCUGCAUACCGUUCAUCAAAGACAGGCCUGAACAUGAUGAUGCUGGAGUGGUCGCGGUUGCUGAAAGAGGAUGGCGUCAAAGUCAUUGCCAUCUCCCCAGGCAUGCUCGCCACUGGCCUGGGAGGCAAUCCAGAGGCUCUCAAAGCGUCAGGUGCGUUAGACCCUAAGAUUGGAGCCGACCUUGUCCGUGAUGUUGUGGAAGGGGCUCGGGAUAGUGAUAUGGGUAAGGCUAUUAGGAAAGAUAUGGUGCAACCAUGGUGA